CUCGUUAUCACCCUGCGUCUCCCUCGGGAUCUCCCGUUUCCUAGUGCACCCUUGAGUCAUAGUGUACCUUCCCUCACUGCGGUGCAUUGCUCACUUGUCUCGCGACAUCGGCAGUCGCAGGGUCUGAUAGAGUCAGAGAAACAUUGAACGAGCAACGCGGUAGCUCCGCGAAGAGACAGAGUUGUGAUCUUCCCUUUUACCCUACCGGUAGAUUGAGAAAGGGCGAGAUAUAAAUAUAGAGACUUCGUGUGAUAAUAUACGCGUCAGUGAUAAUCGCGACGCGACACCCAAAGACACUGAAAGACGUUUGAAAGCGAACCCCAUAUCGGAUCUCGAUCGGUCAGUAACACGUCACUCGAUUCGAGAUGUUGGUGGAACAUAUCGCGCAGUGGCUUUGGCGGGCGAUGGGCGGCACCAGGGUUGAGGUGUUCUACACCCUUCUGGUGUUUAUCGGUGUUCUUCUGAUGGUGCGGUGCAUUCAGUGGCUGCGGUAUGUCCGCACCUUGCCGCCCGGUCCGUGGGGGGUGCCGAUCCUCGGCUAUCUGCCCUUCAUCAAGAGCGACCUGCACCUGCGGUACAGCGAGCUGGCCAAGAAGUACGGCUCCAUGUUCAGCGCCCGGCUCGGCACCAAGCUCGUCGUCGUCCUCAGCGACUAUCGCAUCAUACGCGACACGUUUCGACGCGAAGAGUUCACCGGCAGGCCGCACACCGAGUUCAACAGCAUCCUCGACGGAUACGGCAUCAUCAACACCGAGGGUGCCAUGUGGAAGGACCAAAGGAAAUUCCUUCAUGACAAACUCAGGAAUUUUGGCAUGACGUACAGCGGCAUGGGCAAGAAAGUCAUGGAGUCGAGGAUCAUGCGUGAGGUAACUACGUUUCUGCGGGGGUUGGAGCUGCGACGUGGCGCGCCUACGGACAUCGCGCCCUCCCUGGCCAUGUCGAUCAGCAAUGUGAUCUGCUCGAUCAUCAUGGGAGUGCGUUUCCAGCACGGCGACUCGCGGUUCAAGAGAUUCAUGGGCCUCAUCGAGGAAGGGUUCAAGCUCUUCGGCAGAGUGGCGGCCGUGAAUUACAUACCGAUGAUGCGCUACCUGCCGUGCGUGCAGGGCGUUCAACACAAGAUCUCGCAGAACCGCGAGGAGAUGGCUGACUUCUUCCAAGAGACCGUCAACCAGCACAGAGUGACCUUCGACAAGAACGACAUCCGCGAUCUCGUGGACACCUAUCUGCUCGAGAUCCAGCAAGCUAAGGAGCAAGGUCGGGAGGGCACGCUUUUCCAGGGAAAAGAUCAUGAUCGUCAGAUGCAACAAAUCCUGGGCGAUCUCUUCUCCGCUGGCAUGGAAACGGUGAAGACCACCAUGGAGUGGGCAGUGAUCAUGAUGCUGCAUCAUCCGGAAGCGGCCACGGCAGUGCAGGAGGAGUUGGACCAGGUCGUAGGAAGAUCGAGAUUGCCCGCGCUGGAGGAUCUUCCCUUCCUUCCGAUCACCGAGGCGACGAUCUUGGAGGUCCUGCGCCGAUCUAGUGUAGUGCCGCUUGGAACGACGCACGCUACCACACGAGACGUGACGGUGAACGGCUACACGAUACCAGCCGGUUCCAGUGUGGUGCCGUUGUUGCACGCGGUGCACAUGGACCCGAAACUUUGGGACGAGCCGGAAGCCUUCCGGCCGUCCCGUUUCUUGUCUGUUGAGGGUAAGGUCUGCAAGCCGGAAUACUUCAUGCCCUUUGGAGUCGGCAGGCGAAUGUGCCUGGGCGAUAUGCUGGCGCGCAUGGAACUCUUCCUGUUCUUCAGCUCGCUGAUGCACUCCUUCGACCUGAAGGUGCCCGAGGGCGCCUCCUUGCCCAGCCUGCGAGGCAACGCCGGUAUCACGGUGUCGCCGGAUCCCUUCAAGGUUUGCCUGCUGCAAAGAGAACUCAAUCUAAUCGAUUGCAACAGCAACGAGGUCAUCAGCAGCGGGCCUCUGCGCAACGUCGGCAGCCAUUGAGCGUCUUCAGCUCCAGAGCACGGGCACGGUAGUUGUUCCUAUCGCCGGAGGAAGAAGGUCGAAGAGAUUUCGCGCAAGUCGCUGACGCCAUGGAAUCAUCCACUAAUCAUACGCGCAUCGACAUGGAGACCCGUAAGAUUGUCUGAUUGUAUGUUAAUUGUUGGAGAACGAUCGCACGUCUUUCCGUGAAACCAAAUUUUUGUAGUUACGAAAAGUUUGAUAGUAAGGUAUAAUGAUAAUUUAAUGGUUGAAGUUUAAUGGUAGAUAAAGACUCUUUAAUUUUUAAGCCAUCGGGCAAAUAAACGCGAGUAACUCGCCUGGUUUGCAUGAAUGUUUGACUUACAAUUAGUAGAAAAGAUGCACUGUACGUACGCAUCAUUGGCGAAAACACUGAGAAACAAAUUUGUAAUUAGAUAAAAUUUUAUGUGUUAAUCUAAACUUUAAAUGAUUAAUUUUUAUGAUUGAGUGAUAAGUAAUCGAUCGUUCUCCGAUAUCUAAAAUAAUUUUUUUAAACAUAUGAUUCUUGAAAUAAGUUGAUGAUCCUCCAUAAGAAAUUUAUAAAAUUGUGGAAAGUUACUGAAGUAAUUUUAUUAAUAGAAUAGAAUCAAGAGAGAAAGAGAGAGAGUGUGUGUGUGUGUGCGUGCGUGCGUGCGUGCGCGUGUGUGUGUAUAUAUAUGUGUUAUGUAAGUUAGAUAUAAGUUAAGUUCCGAAGCGUAUUUGAUGCUCGGUAUGCCCUCACCACUAAUCCGUCUAGUUUUGGUACGGCGAGUUCUUUUACUUCGUUAUGCUAACUAGAAAGCAUUAUUUCGAUCGUUUUCAUCAAUUAUGUUAAUGACAUAGGUUUUAUCAAAAUUUAUUCAUCCAUUUCCGCGAUCUCGCCAUACUAGCAUGGCUUCUUCUUACCACGUCAGAGAUUAAACAAUCUCAAUCGAAGAAAGAAAAUUUCGAGACAAAAGAAAAAAAAAGGAAAUCGCCAAUCGCGUCCCUGAUAUCCUCGAGCUACCACGGACUAAUUACGAUACCGUUAUCGCAAUCCCGUUAAAAAUUCUGGGUAGCCAUCUUUCUGGCGCCGGGACCGUGAGGAUAGCGAAUGAAACUUCCUCGGCUGCGAGAGUAAUUCCCGCGUAAAAUAGUACGAAGAAGCAUCAAUUGAUUGGUCCCGUAGGGAAGCGGAAGUCCUCGGCGUUAUAGCGUAAAGUACAAAAGGAGCCCACGUUGCGAAUCAUCUCCCCCUACCUCCUCCCCCAAUCAUUCCGCCGCAUCUCGAUCGUUUUCAUUCGCUCCCACGAGUAUUUAUUUAUAACGCUUUACGAAUAUUACUCUCUGCUCCGGUUCCAUCCCUCUCCUUUCCCUGUCCUCUUACGCUUUGUAUUUAUUCGCGUUUAGUCUAGAUUGACGCGAUUUCGUCUGAGCGUCGAGCGGUUUCGACAACGACUUCGUGCCUUGCGAGUAACGAGCAACGUCAAUCCCGCCGUGUCGUUUCGCGUCACGGCUUCGUGCGAGGUGAUUCGAGGGAAAAGAUCGUGUCAGUUCGUCACUCAUCAAGAACGUUACUCCGAUUCGCAGCCCAACGCCGUCACGAUCCCGAAUCCAUCGUCGACUUACCGUAAAUCUCCGCGGACCGGACCGCGGACGAGGACGGCGGCUCGCGUUGCCCCCCUUUCGUCCGCGAUAUAACGUAUAUAGUAAUCCGCCAUUAGCCCAGAUAUGCCUGAGAAUGAUUCCUCGAUCGAAAUUUCGGUGGCCGACUGUUGGGCUUCUAAUGGAUGAGCUGAAUGGCGCCGAAUGGAAAGGCGUUCUUUUUGGGAGAACACAGAAGGCGUGUCUGAGCUAGGACGGAGACGGAUAGUGGAGAGAGAAAUACGACGAGCGAAAGAGAGUUAACACGCGUAUGUAAAUAGAUUGAUUGCGUGAACGUGCGUUUCUUCGUAUGUAUGUAUGUAUCUCUAAUGAUGAUGUGUAGCUGGUCGACGAAUCGUGUGCCGAUUCACGAGAAUGCAAGACUGCCCUUGCACCCGAGACCGCUCGCGUUGGUGUCACCGCGAUGUCGCGGUGGCUGGCAAUGUCGCUGAUCCCUCUAACCGCGGUCAGCCGCAGGACCGGACCCGGCGCGGCGGCCGAGAGCGAUUUUCGUGAAAGUCGCCGUGAGAUUCCGUUGCGACAUCCGCCAUACCGAGCGCGACAGCCGCGCUCGGAAAUAAAAUGGUGUAUAAAAAUAAAAUAUCGAUCGUCCGCCGCGAUUCCGCUCGCUGGGACCGAUCGCUGCUGGACGCCUCGGGUGCGAGCGCGGGCUGAGGCUGUGAAUCCGAGAGAUCCGGGAUGUACGGUCGACGAUUCAUUGUGACGUCGUGCAAUCCGAUUUCCCAAAGGUAUCCCAGGCUGUGCAUCCUAGAAGCGGCGAGGAGCGUGCCGCGGCGUGCCGAUCCCGUCUCUUAGAUAGGGGCACGAAGCUCGUGGAAACGUGCUCACCUUACCUUUAGCCCCUCAAAUGCGCUCGACGAUGGACUGAUGGACUCCCGACACGGGAUCGCUGUCGCGCGCACGAAUGCUCCUCUGUCCGAGUAUCCGAGUAUAGGGCGUUAAUUAAUCUUACCACGUAGCGCACGCAUGAAUUGCGGAACGUCGCAUUGUGUUCACUCGUCGACCGCGAAACUGUGUUAUUUAAUGUUUUUUUUUCUAUAUGAAAUAAAAAUGUUUACAGU